UCAUCUCACAACUCUAAGGUAGAUUGACUACCUCCAACUUUUCCCUCGUCGUCUCUAACCUAACCCCCAAACUCCAAAACCAAAGCUCUAAUGACCCACCCCCGUAUCGUCCUCAUCAGCCUCGGUAAUCCGGCGCCCUACCUCAACACCCUCCACUCCGCCGGCCACCACGCCCUCACAGCCCUCCGACCCCUCCUCGGCCCAUCCCAACCUGCCUUCACAUCCGAACGCCAUGCCUCCAAAUCAGUCCUCGCAUCCAUAGGGCCCCAGUAUGCGCUCCUACAAUCCCCUUCCCUCAUGAACAUCUCAGGCCGCUGGGUAUCACGCGCCUACCGCGAUCUCAACUCCCGCUACACGCCAGACUCGGGUUCUCGUGCUCCCACCGACGUCGCAUCGCCUCCGCCAUCGUCACCGUCACCGCCAUCGUCACCGCCGCCGCCGCCGCUAAGCCUCCUCCUCAUCCACGACGACCUAGAAGAAGACCUCGGCGUCGUGAAGCUGCGCAAAUGGACCAGCAGCCACCGCGGCCACAACGGCGUCAAGAGCGUCAACGCGUCGUUGCGCCCCGCCGACUUCCCCGGCGCGCGCUGGGCCAGGGUGAGCGUCGGCAUCGGACGCCCCGCCGCCCGCGAAAAGGCCCAUGUCUCGGACUACGUCCUGCGCGAGAUGACGCCGUUCCAGAAGAGCACGCUGCGGGAGAAGGCGGGCGAGCGUGUCUUGCGCUGCUUGCGGGAAUGGGAGGAUGGGCUUGGUCGGGUGGGGAUGCCUUGACCUCCCUCGUGCACUUUCUCCAUUUGGGGGGGGGGGGGGGGGGGGGGGG